AUGGCCUGGGCUCUGAAGCUGCCUCUGGCCGAUGAGGUGAUUGAAUCCGGGCUGGUGCAGGACUUUGAUGCUAGUCUAUCCGGGAUCGGCCAGGAACUGGGUGCUGGUGCCUAUAGCAUGAGUGAUGUCCUUGCACUGCCCAUCUUUAAGCAAGAAGAAUCAAGUCUGCCUCCAGAUAAUGAGAAUAAAAUCCUCCCUUUUCAAUACGUGCUGUGUGCUGCCACCUCCCCAGCAGUGAAACUCCAUGAUGAGACUCUGACAUAUCUCAAUCAAGGACAGUCUUAUGAAAUCCGAAUGCUAGACAACAGGAAACUUGGAGAACUUCCAGAAAUUAAUGGCAAGUUGGUGAAGAGCAUAUUCCGUGUUGUGUUCCAUGACAGACGGCUACAGUACACAGAACAUCAGCAGCUGGAGGGCUGGAGGUGGAACCGACCUGGAGAUAGAAUUCUUGACAUAGAUAUCCCAAUGUCUGUGGGUAUAAUCGAUCCUAGGGCUAACCCAAACCAACUAAACACAGUGGAGUUCUUGUGGGACCCUGCGAAAAGGACGUCUGUUUUUAUUCAGGUGCAUUGUAUUAGCACAGAGUUCACCAUGAGGAAACAUGGUGGUGAGAAGGGAGUGCCAUUUCGAGUACAAAUUGAUACCUUCAAGGAGAAUGAGAACGGGGAGUAUACUGAGCACUUACACUCAGCCAGCUGCCAGAUCAAAGUCUUCAAGCCCAAAGGUGCAGACAGAAAACAAAAAACAGAUAGGGAGAAAAUGGAGAAACGAACACCUCAUGAGAAGGAGAAAUAUCAGCCUUCCUAUGAGACAACCAUACUCACAGAGUGUUCUCCGUGGCCUGAGAUCACAUAUGUCAAUAAUUCCCCAUCACCUGGCUUCAACAGUUCCCAUAGCAGCUUUUCUCUUGGUGAAGGAAAUGGUUCACCAAACCACCAGCCAGAGCCACCCCCUCCAGUCACAGAUAACCUCUUGCCAACAACCACACCUCAGGAGGCCCAGCAGUGGUUGCAUCGAAACCGUUUCUCCACGUUCACGAGGCUUUUUACAAACUUCUCAGGAGCAGAUUUAUUGAAACUAACUAGAGAUGAUGUGAUUCAAAUCUGUGGCCCUGCAGAUGGAAUCAGACUUUUUAAUGCAUUAAAAGGCCGGAUGGUGCGCCCAAGGCUAACCAUUUAUGUUUGUCAGGAAUCCUUGCAGCUAAGGGAGCAGCAGCAACAGCAACAGAACCAGCAGAAGCAUGAGGAUGGAGACUCAAAUGGUACUUUCUUCGUUUACCAUGCCAUCUACCUAGAAGAACUGACAGCUGUUGAACUGACAGAAAAAAUUGCUCAGCUUUUCAGCAUUUCCCCUUGCCAGAUCAGCCAGAUCUACAAGCAGGGGCCAACAGGCAUCCAUGUGCUCAUUAGCGAUGAGAUGAUACAGAACUUUCAGGAAGAAGCCUGUUUUAUUCUGGACACAAUGAAAGCAGAAACCAAUGAUAGCUAUCAUAUUAUACUGAAGUAG